GGGGCGGGACUCACAGGGUCCGGUCUUGUUAAAAAGGUGGGAGAGGCUGGACUGUCUCUCGGGUGGAGUCUUCAGAUCUUCAGACGGCUGGUGCACCCGUCCUCGAACAUCCUCCUGCUUCAAUCAUGGCUUGUGGUCUGGUCGCCAGCAACCUGAAUCUCAAACCUGGGGAGUGCCUCAGAGUACGGGGCGAGGUGGCCCCCGACGCCAAGAGCUUUGUGCUGAACCUGGGCAAAGACAGCAACAACCUGUGCCUGCAUUUCAACCCCCGCUUUGAUGCCCACGGGGAUGCCAAUACUAUCGUGUGCAACAGCAAGGACGGCGGGGCCUGGGGAGCUGAGCAGCGGGAGGCUGCCUUUCCCUUCCAGCCUGGAAGUGUCGCAGAGGUGUGCAUCAGCUUUGACCAGGCAGACCUGACCGUCAAGCUGCCAGAUGGUUACACAUUCAAGUUCCCUAACCGCCUCAACCUGGAGGCCAUCAACUACAUGGCAGCUGAUGGUGACUUCAAGAUCAAGUGUGUGGCCUUUGAUUGAAGUCAGCUGGCCUGUGACCCCCAAUAAAGGCAGCUGCCUCUGCUCUUCCUGAA